AUGCUCGCGAGGAUAAAAGCAUUCUUCACGCGGACACUCCGUCCAACGGAUUUGACGCCUUCUACACAUUCCUCUGCAAGUCCGCCUCUUGUGCCGUCAUCGAAAAUCGUAAUCGUUGGAAGUGGGUGCUUCGGUAUUUCAACAGCUAUCCACCUUCUCCAACGCGGAUACACAGACGUUGUCGUACUCGACCGUGCAUCCGAACUUCCAGCAGCUGAUGCGGCGAGCACGGACAUUAACAAAAUUGUGCGUUCCGCCUACCAAGAUGAAUUUUACACGCGGCUCGCGCGAGACGCAAUCGAGGCUUGGAAAGACCUCGAAGUCUGGGGCGACAAUUAUCAUGAGUCCGGAGUUGUUAGUUGCGGUUCGGGAGAGUCGAUACAUAUGGACGGCUCAUUCCGAAACGAUGUCAAGCAUGGUGCCCGAGUCAAGCAACUUGCCACGUCAGUUAGGAGUACUAAUUACAAACCUAUCGGAAAGUCGGAAUCCGAUACAAAGCACAUCGAAUCAAUUACGCUCGCAGAAGUAUUUCAUUCGGAUAUCCCCCUUGGUUCUCAAAUCACACAUACGCAAAGCUACUUUAAUACCGAUGGCGGGUGGGCAUACUCCAAGGGUGCCAUCGAGCGUGCGAUGGAACUUGUGAAGAAAAUGGGUGGCAAGAUCAUUGCUGGUAAAGAAGUGAUAACAAUUAUUAAGGACCAAUCUCGAACGAGGGGCGUGAAAUGUAGAGAUGGGAGCGAAUACGCCGGGGAUGUCGUCGUGCUUGCUACUGGCAGUUGGACGGCGUCCGCGUUUCCUGAACUGAAAUUGGGGAAAAGAGCGCAUGCUACCGGCCAAAGCAUUGUGACCAUUCAAUUAACACCUGAGGAAGGCGAACGCUACCGUAAUGUCCCUGUGGUGCUGGACUUGAAGACUUCGGGCUUUUAUUGUUUCCCACCUACAGAAGACCACCUCAUCAAAAUGGGAAUACACACCGGUGGAUCUACGAACAUGAUCCCCCCUUCCGACGCUCCAGAUGUAGACGCCGUCAAUGCAUAUAUAUCAACUCCGCGUACGGAACUCUCACAUGGAGAGGAUGGCCUGAAAAUACCGAAAUCGGAUGCGCAGGCCAUUCGAAAAUGCUUCCGGCAUAUUUUCCCUGAGCUUGCGGAGAAGCCAUUCCAUUCUACACGCCUGUGCUGGUACACUGAUUCACCGGACUCGAAUUGGAUCAUCGACGUUCACCCGGCAGACCCGGGCCUUGCUUUCGUAACGGCUGGAAGCGGGCAUGGAUUUAAAUUCUUGCCCGUGAUAGGCCGCCUCGUCGCCGAUCGCCUUGAAGGAAAGAUGGACGAUGUCACACAAAGAAAAUUCGCCGUGGACCGAGAGUUCGAUGAACAUGCGUCCUACAGGCAAGGAGCAGUCAUCAGUUCGCUUACCGAUCAGGAGCUUAUCGGACCGGGUAAUGACUUCUAA